CGCAGGCUUCUCGGAGUCGCGACCUUGGAGAGGUCCCCGCGCACUUUCCCGGGGCCGCGUCGCAUCGUCCCGGGAGUGAGAGGAUAAUCGUGUCGAUAAGCGCGCGCGGUCGCAUCCACAGCGGCCGGCGCGCGUCGUUUAUUUCUAUACCUGACACGAAUGGAGGCAACGCGAGAGUGGGUCGGCGCGGUCGCCGGCGUUGUGACUCUGGCGAGCUUCGUGGGCGGACUGUCUCUCGCCUGGCGAGUGCGGCGCGCCGCGUCCUCGGCGGGAAUCGCGUUCGCGCCCGUGGCCGCGGCCGCGGUCUGCUGCCACUCGUGGCUCCUCUACGGUCGUGCCGCCCGGGAAUUCACCGUCGUGUGGGUGAACGCGUGCGGUCUGCCCCUGAUGCUCAUCAACGCCGCCGUGCAUCGAGCCUACGCGCGCAACAGCGGACCCGGUUGGCUUCUGCUGGCGGCGCUCGGCGCGCUCCAGUUGACAGCCCCCAUGAUGAGCGUCGUGUGGUUGGGCCGCGUCGCGUCUCUCUACACGGUGGCCUGCAACGCGGCGCCGGUGUCCCGCAUCCGGACGGAACCGCUGCCCGAGCUCGCCGCCUGGGCGCUGGCGGCGUGCGGUCUCUGGUCGGCGUACGGGGCCCUCGGAGGAGACGUGCCACUGUGCGCCUCCAACCUGCUCGGGGCCCUGGUGGCGGCGGCAGAGCUCACCGCAGCCGCUUUCAAUAGGCGGCAGCACAAGCAGCUAUAGGACGAAUGUGAUACUCGAUCAGCCAGUAGAGGUUGGUACAGGGUUUUACAAGAAUCAUCGAAGCGUCAUCUACCCCACGAAGUCACGAAGAUUCAUUCAUACUUAGCGGUGUUCCCCAGACAGCCUCCUCUCCGGACAGGGUGUAGUACAAAACAGUAUUAGCGGCCCAAGCACUCUUCGACGACGCUGUACGGAAGGCUGGGCUGCUAGAGUGGCUAAACGAAAGGGAUGUGUGCAAUACGACAAGCAAUACGUGUAUUACUGCUUUACGAUGGGCCACCAGGGACGAUGUACCGUGCUCAGAAAUAAUAUGUCUGCUAAACCAUACAGCCAAUGUUAUUUUGCGUAGACCAAUGUGUACAAACCCUAUACGUUGUUGCCUCUUUGUCAGAAUUGUAUGUCCUUCGGGCUCUGUAAUAAACUUUCUGUUAAGUCUCUCUAGCA